GUGAGUUCCAGAUUAUUUAUUGUUGACGUUUUUUGUCUUCUUUCGUUUUACACCAUAGAAAACAAAAUCAGUGCCAUUCCAAUAAAAUGUAACACUGGUGUAGGAAGAAGAAGAUAGUUUACACCUAAUCGUCCAAAUACACAUAGAAAAUAGCAGAGAAGAUUGAAGAGAUGCAGUCAAGUGACACUGAUUAUCAUUUUGAUAAUAACAACACAAUUGAAAUGGAUUUUUGUGCUAAUAUGGAAAUACAAACAAAGAAAAGAAAAUUUGAAAUGACAACAGAAAAUGUGACAUCAGCUAUCAUGUCAGGAAAACAGUUUGUUUUACUUCCAAGGAACAGCAGUACCUAUGUCACAACAGAUUGGAAACUCACAGGAACAUCAUUAUUCCUACCAUUGAAAGGAGACACAUUUGUCAAUCUACAGAAAUAUGAACAGAUAACAGUUGCAGAUGGAAGCUACUUCAUUGCAGAUGAUGCAGGAAAUUAUUCAAGAUCUGUAACAGGUAAAGUUUUACACCUAUGGAAAUACUGCAUGUCAGAGAAAGACUACUUUGUUGCAGAAUCUUUCUUGUUUACAAGUCCACAGGAUUUUUCAGUUGUGAUAAAUCAUCUGUACACAAGUUGAAAUGUUCAGGCCUACCUGUGGCAGCUUUAAACGUAGAGUUGUGUGUUCAUCCUGGAGCCUAAUGAUGUGCUUAUCUACCAUGUGAAUAGAUGUACAGUGACUGAAAAAUGUUUCAUAUUUUGUUAUAAAAAUAAUAUGAUAAGGAGCACCUUGCUGUGCUUACAGGAGAUGUAAAGAGCUGUGCUAUGACUUUUUAAUGCACAUUUUGCUAACUUAAAAACUAAAGAAUAGUGGCAGUUUAUGCAAACUUUUAUUGAUAUAAGAAUUUUGUAAUGUUUAAUUUUUACAGUUCAUGAUGGCACUUUAUUUGGUGACUGUUUUUUACAUGUUUGAUUUUAAAGUAUCGUGAAGACAUGCUCAUUUAUUUUAUGAUGAAAACAGUUUUACAAGUGGAUCACAUGAUAUUGAAAUAUUUUUAUAUCUAACUUUGAAGUCAUUUUAUAAAGUUUUAAUUACU